GAAGGUCAUGAUUUGAUGAAAGACCCCAGAGGGACAACUUGACAUCAACGGUGACAACAACUAAAAACACGUCGUCAUAUGUUAAUGCUGCUUUUACAUGGUCUAUGGUGACGCCGCUGUAGCGAUUGCGCGGCCAGCUGACGCUCCCAAUGUGGAACAAAUAAGUCACAAACUAACUUUUUACACGGCAGCAUUUAAUGAAGCGUCUUCGCGGGACGGAUACACUGCGUGUGUUACUGCUGCUACAUCUGUUAGGGUUUUCUUCUUACGUGCUUGUAUAUCUCUGUAGCAUUUACAAGCCGAGCUUUGCAUAGCUUUCAGGACGUUCUCUUUGUUUAAUAUAUAAAGUUUAGAUAUAAAAUAGGUCGCAACCUUUCUCGUGCUGCUGGUUGAUGUGGUUUUUUUCCCCCUAUUUCCCCAGGGGCUGCGUCAUUUUGCCGUCACGCUGCGCCGUAUAAUGAGCAGCCUGACGAAUCGAUAACGGAAAAUCCUUAUCGAUUAUUUCUGUAAUCUAUGACUGUCGAUGGCAUCGAUUCGUUGUUGCAGCCGUAGUGUAAACAAGAAUGGAUAAAUUCAUACUGAUGCGACUUUACCUCCUGCGGGGUGAACUUCCUGGGGCCAAGAGGACACGUGCAUGGAUCCGCAUUGUGGGGCCUCUAUCAAGUCCAUUUGAUACAUUAAGAUGAGCAUGAGUGUAGACAUGAUACUUUUAGCUCAAAUCUGCGCUUCGGGGGAGUUCUACUACUCUAGCUGUGUGAGUCAAAGUGCAGCACCACCCUCGUGCGUCCAAAAGCAGUUAAUGCUCCUUGGAUGCUGAACGAGAAAAGGCAGCGGAAGUAAUAUUGAUGUUGGUCCCAACAAGGAACACAACUCAACAGAAAUGUGCAGACACACUUCAGCCUAAUGUGGUGUAUGCACAGAAACACAUUGUCAUUAACUAACGUUUCUGACAACAGUAGAGUAAAAUUAUUUAGGUAAAAUAGUAUAGCCUAAAGGUAAAUCAGUCAACUGAUCACAUUUAAAGCAAGAAGAAAUGUGUGUUUGGCCCAAUUACCUGACGUACACAUGAUUUGUAUUUUGUUGUGCAGGACUGGGAGGCAGGAUAUGUCUAUUAGGAGAGAAAUCGAUCCAUCGCAUGCAGAGCUUCUACUAUGCAUUAGUGUUUUGUUUUGGUCUUUCAGUGGGUCUCAUUUGCAAUAUCAACAUUAACAAAGUGCAACAAUUUUUAGAUCCUCCUGAGAUUUUGAUCGUUUCUCAAGAAUAAGAAUAAAAAUGCCUUUAUUUGUCCCACAGUGGGACACCUCAUUACACCUCACAACAGCAACAGGACAGAAAUAGAAAGAACCCAUGCAUACCAUACCUUAUUAAAGCUUUCAACAUUCAUUUAAUUGUUCUUGCUUUUGGAUGCUUUUCUAUAAUUUGUGUAUAUUCGGUGUACAGUACGUUUUAAACUUGAAGUAUUAGCUUUAGGUUUUGCAUUCUCACGUGACUAAAGUUGGCGUGAACAUCACACAGUACAGUAUAAACAGCGUUUGCAUUUAUCAUCAUGCAGCAUUUGUGUAGUGCCGUCUUUAUUUGUUUGAGCGACGUGAGGCAGACGUGUUGAACCUGAACCUCGUGUAGCACAAAACAUUUUCAUAAAGCCAUCAAGGCCCUUUUGCAUAAAGACAACCAGAUGAACCUGGUCAGACACAGAAGUGAAAUCAGUGAGUCCUCUGGUGCACGGAGCAGCAUAAUGAUGAGGGUCCUACUGGGACUUUUCUACCUAUCAGGGUGUCUGGUGUUCUGCUCCAGCAUCCAUCGUAAGUACACCCUCUUUACCUCCUCAAAGACUUGGGCUCAAGCUCAGACCUACUGCAGACAGAAGAACGCAGACCUGGUCACCUUUGAAACUAUUGGGCAAGUUCAGUUUAUGACCUCUUUUUCAUCUGCUGGUCAAUUCUCUGACGUCUGGAUUGGUCUGAUCUGCGAGUACGCUGACUUCUGGUCUCCCUCCUUUAACGGCUCCAUCAUGGAAUGGCAGAACCAAUCCAUGAUGGACCCGCUAUUCGCAUAUCAUUUCUGUGGAAGCUUUUCAAAGAACGGGCUUGGGUACCAACACCCGUCAGUCAAAAACCCAUUUAUCUGUUCUAACGGAACACAGCUUGUUUUUGUGAAUGAGACCGUGGACUGGUUCAGUGCCUGGACAUACUGCAGAGAGAGCCUCGCGGACCUAACGGCACCACUGGGCCCAUCUUGGAAUGACUCACAAAACGGCGCGUGGUACUCGGACGUGCUGAGCAUCGUGCCCAGCGGGUGCCAGGCCUGGACCGGCUUGUACAAGUAUCCUUUCACUCUCUGGUCCGAUGGGAGCAGUUCCUCAUUCAGGUACUGGGACAACCUGCAAGCACCGCCUGUCUGGAUACCACGCAUAUAUGGCGUUACAAAUUUCAACAACUCUGAAAGAUGGAGACUUGUGCCAGAUGGAGGAAAAUUACCAUUUAUCUGUCUCACGGUCUCUGAGGAUCAAGUGGCUGAAACAGACCUGAAAGUACUUCAACUGAGGAUGAGCUCCUCCCUCGACGUGAGCAACCCCACAGUGAGCGCGAUCAUCCUGACACAGCUGCAGGUCAGACUGUUGGAGAACGGAGUGAGUGGAGUCACCCUGAAGUGGAGAGAACAUCCUGAUGGGAAGGUUUUUCACAAGGAGAAAGGAGCUGAUGUGACCCAUGAUGGAUGUUGAGUUAAUAUAUGCUAAUAUACAAAGCACAUUAAUAUUAUAGAUGCCAUAAGAUAUAGAUACCAAUAUUAUAGGUACCAGUAAACUAAAACUAUCUUUUGCGUGUGUUCCUACAAUUUUUGCUGUGUCUGUCAGCUGAGCUUAAGACUUUGACUCAAACUGCAGCAGCUGAUACUGUUCCUAUCAAAUGUUAUUACAUAAACAUUUUUACUUUAAUGAAGUCACUUCUGAGGUGUGAUAAAGCCUCUAGUGGCGGUUUUUCUGCUUUAUGUAAUGACAAACCAACAGUUCUACAUCAUUUUACCAUUAAUAUCCUGCUGCUGCAUUACACUUGUUGGUGUUUCUGUUUUUAUGCCUUUAUAUUGGUGGCCGUGAGAUAUUAAUAUUAUUGUGCUUAUCUAUCUUCUACCGCUUAUCUCACGCCUACGGGCAGUUCAGAGUGAGAGAACCCACAGGGAGAACAUGCAAACUCCACUCCACCCGGGCCACCCUGGGAAUGGAACCCAGGACCUUCUCGCUGUGUGGCUACAGUGCUACAGACCACACCACUGUGCUGCCCGCAGUGAGACCAGUUACUGGUCAGAUAAUCAGUCCAGGCUGUCUCUCCUGUCAUCACCUCAUGUAGCCACCAGGUGUCCUUGUCCACACACUUCACUGCUGCUGCUUUUAUUAUAAGGUGAUUCACCUGAAGGUGUGCCUUUACUUUACCAUUGAUGACUCUGUGUUAACUUCAGUCUCUAAAGUGGACAGUUUGUUUUGGUGCCAAUUUCAUAUUCUCUGUGUGGGUUUUCUCCAAGUACUUCUGUUACUUUUUGGAGUCCCUAAGUUGCCUGUAGAGAUGUGACUGUUUUUUUGUCUAUGUGUGUUUCCCUGAGAUGAACUGGUGACCUGUCCAGGGUAAAACGUGACUCUCGCCUGAUUGACAACUAGGACAAAAUGACAUUUACAUUUAAGUGCUUUGUAUUUAUUAAUUUGUGUGGAUGAAAAUAUUUGAAAAAUAAUUGUUGUUUUUUUAAGGAUGGAAACAAACAUAAACUGAAAAAAAUGACCCUUUGAGGCAAACUGUAUAUUUUAUAUAUUUUAUAAUAUUUAGUCAUUUUAAAUUCAUGUUACUGAUACUGAUAAGUGAGUAUUUAACUGGAAGUUUCCUGUUAUUACUGUAAUAUGAACCGAUCAUUAAAAUGCAGCUCUUUUAUUGGCUAGAAUAAUUCGCUGUGUAUGAAACAGAGUCACCAACACUGAAUGUCAAAGUUUGAACUUUCCAAAAAAAUUUGCAAAAAGUUAGAUCAAUGAAAUAUAAACCCAGCAGGUGUGAUGAUGAUGAUGAUGAUGAUGAUGAUG